GCUCCCGUGCAGAUUCAAUGUAGCGGGUUGGGCCGGGUACGAAGAAACUUCCCUCAAUACGGUACCGUUUCAUAGGUUACAUUCUUUCCCUUCUUUUGCUCUGUUCAAAGACACUCCAAGUAACGGUGGCGACGAUCGGUGGUGACGGCGGCGGAACCCUGUUCAGUGACCAACAACAGUGAUAGAGAAAAUGGCGUUCAGAGGAAAAGAAAUGAUGAAGAAAAUUCUGAAGACGGUGGGAGAGAAUGGUUUGAAUAAAAGAGAUAAGGAAACGUUGGAGAAAUGCAUGCCUCGAAGCAAGGUUGUGAUGAAUCGCGCAAAACGUGGUCUCUUUGCCGGGCGACACAUUCAGUUUGGAAAUUGUGUCAGUGAAGAUGGCGGUAACAAGACAAGGAGAACUUGGAAACCGAAUGUGCAGGAAAAGCGGCUCUUCAGCUACAUCCUAGAUCGUCACGUUCGUGUUAAAGUGACCACACAUGCCAUCCGAUGCAUAGACAAGGCAGGUGGGAUUGAUGAGUACUUGCUGAAAACUCCUUAUCACAAGAUGGACACUGAAAUGGGCAUUCUCUGGAAGGCAAAAAUUGAGAAAUUGUAUGAAGAGCUUGGCCAAAAGGAGGUUGUAUUCUUUUCACCUGAGGCUGAAGCGAAGUUUGAGCAGGACUUUAAAGAUUUGAAACUGUCUGAAAGGGAAGCACGAAAGGAGGUUAGAAGAAAGAUGUACACUGGGAUGAGCAAGCACGAACGGGUUCCCAUUUCGUAUAUCUUAGCUUCUGACAAGCUCAAAGCUGGAAGCGUUGUUUCUAAUUAAUGUAUGUUGUGUCAACUGAUACUUGCGGUGUAAGCUUUAUUAGCUCAGAGUGUGAAAAAUCUGUUAUUUGAUUUUUGCAUCAUAGUGGUUUCUUCAGAGAUUCUUGUUGAAAAGCUAUAAACUUUGGGUAGUGAAAAGCAUAAUCUAUUAUGUCAAAAUAAUAAUAUAGUUCAAUUUUUCUAGCGA